AUGAGGGCUAAACGUUCAAAGAAGUAUCGCAAGCUUAUGCACCAGUAUGAGCUGGCCUUUGGUUUCCGCGAGCCUUACCAGGUCCUAGUUGACUCGAACUUACUUCGCGCGGUACACUCAUUCAAAAUGGAUUUAAUACCAGCUUUAGAGCGCACAUUACAGGGUCAGGUCAAGCCAUUGUUAACGAAAUGCUCCCUCGCAUCAAUAAUGGCCGGUCAACCCACAAACCCACGAACAAAUAACACCGUUCGUCCCGACUUCCUCCCUCCACCAACAACUGUCCCCCUCCGCCAUUGCUCGCACAACGAAGACUCGACGCCGAUUGACGAAGCAGAAUGUCUCCUCUCCCUCCUCUCGCCGCUUUCCGAGGUUAAGAAGAACAAAGAGCACUAUAUCCUCGCCACAUCCGACCCCCCAGCGAACACGAAGUCAAAUGCGCAGCAAGAGGCAGGGAAGAAGCGCAAGCGGGGCGAUGAUGAGGGCUUUCAGGCUCUGAAACGCGCGCAAGGGCUUAGACGCGGUGCCCGCUCGAUACCAGGUGUGCCGAUUGUGUAUGUGAAGCGGUCGGUUAUGAUUCUGGAGCCCAUGAGCGCGCCAUCUGAGGGGAUCAGGGAUGGCGUGGAGGAGGAUAAGCUUCGGACUGGGCUGGCUGAUCGAGAUGCGCGAAAGAAGGAGGGUGCAGAUAGCGGGGAGAAAAAGAAGAAGAGAGAGUUGAAGAAGCCGAAGGCGCCGAAUCCGCUGAGUGUCAAGAAACCGAAGAAGAGAGCAGAUGAGAAGCCCGGGGCGAAGAGGGAGCGGACGGGUGAUGAGGUUGACAAGCGGGAUUUUGAGAAGGCGGCAGAAGACGGAGAGGCUGCACCGAAGGCAAAGAGGAGACGGCGACACAAAGGCGCAAGGCAGGUUGAGACUGGUGAAGAUGGGAACGAGGCGACACCCACUGCUCCCGUUGAAGCGACGGCUGACUAG